AUGGAUGCACAUGAACCAAAGUCAAAGAAGAAUGGCUGUCAGGCCAAAUACAAGCAGGCCAGACAAGAGCGAAAGAAGCUCCUCGCCCCUGCACACAUGUACAUGAUUGACGUCCUGGCUGAUAGGCUGUUCUUGGAGCCAACAGCAGUAGAGGACUUUAUUUUAGACUCUUCAUCUCUGGCUGCUUUUGAUAAUUUCUUCGCCGAGGGAGGUUGUAAAACCAUUUCCUUUGUGUAUCAAGAGUCUGAAGUCCCAGGAAUAGAGUGUGGUCGCUCAUAUCCUGGGGCAGCCAAAGGGGGAAAAGUAUUGAGGCUAUUUAUAGCCAAUUUGUCUCAGACAUGCCUUACAGGCAUUUGCUGCUCUUUCACACGGACCAGAGUGGACAUUCCUGUGAAUUCAGAAAACAUACACGAGGAGAUCUUGUUUUCAAUGGUCAAUGCCACAGAGGGUCUCCUGAAAGGAACCAGGAAUGCCUUCAAAUUUCUGCUACCAGCUCUUGAUGCAGCACAAAACUGGGGUGUCCUAGAAAAGUGUAGACAUGGAGCGAAAAUUAUAGGAAAUUUCAAGUACACCAUACAACGCUGUCUUCUUUCCUUUGAUGACAUCCAGAUGAGCAAUGAGAGUAUCGUUCAUCUAUAUACAGUCACAGAUGUUGACUUCACUAAAUUGGCGACCCUUGAAGAUAUGAAAGUUGCUGCUGCCAACUUUGACCUGGUGCAUCGACUGGAAGAAAUUCUGAUGCAAUGGUAUAAGCAAAUCGAGCAGGUCCUGAUAGAGAGUGAUCAGCUGAGGAAAGGAGUUGAUUCUGCAGGGCCGCUGAGUGAGUUAGAGCACUGGAAAAGAAUGUCCUUAAGGUUCAACUCCAUCAUCAGUCACAUCAAAGGCCCAGAGUGCAAGGCAGUUGUAAUGGUGCUACAUAUCAGCCAUUCCAAAAUUAUGAAGAUGUGGCGGGAGCUGGAUGCCAGGAUAACGGAUCGUGCCAAUGAGGCAAAAGACAAUGUAAAAUUCUUGUACACACUGGAGAAAGUCUGUCAACCUCUUUACAACAGUGACCCGGUCACCAUGAUGAAAAGUGUGCAGAAUGUGAUCAGUGCCAUUCAAAUGAUUUACAGUGUUUCACAGUACUACAAUACAAGUGAAAAAAUAUCUGCACUCCUAAUCAAAGUCACAAAUCAGAUGGUCACAGCAUGCAGAUCAUAUAUUACUGACAAUGGCACUCUUCUUAUAUGGGACCAAGAUGCCGAAGACAUCAUCAGUAAAAUGCAGGACUGUAUCGGCUUGUAUCAGGAGUAUCAGUCUUGCUUCCAGAAAACAAAGAAACAGACAAUGGAAAGACCUGGAAAGAAGUCCUUUGAGGUUUCAGAGAUGCAGAUUUUUUGCAAGUUUGAGGGCUUCUGUAAGCAACUUGAAAAGAUCAUACAAAUAAUAACAGUGUUCAAGACGUAUGAAUCUCUCAGCAAAUCAAACAUUGAAGGCAUUGAGGUUCUGGCCAGACAAUUCCACACUGUAUCCAUGAAUGUGAAAAGGAAGCAGUAUGAUAUGUUGGCUCCAAGGACAGCUGAAUUCGAAACCGAUUUUGCUAAGUUCAUGACUCAAGUCAGCCACAUUGAGAACCAGCUGCGGGCAUUUAUGAAUUCAUGCUUCUCAAACAUCAUCACAUCUCAGCAAUCUCUUUGCCUGAUACAGCGUUUUCAGAGGCUGAACAUUCCCUGUCUAAAGACAGAAAUAUCCAAUACCUUGGGUCUUAUUCUUCAACACUAUGCCUCAGAAGUAGAGUUUGUGAAAAAGCUCUAUGACUUACAAAGAGAUGACCCUUCUUUGGCUAGAAACAUGCCUCCUGUGGCUGGGAGGAUUGGUUGGGGCAGGCACCUCUACAGAAAAAUAGAGGAACCCAUAUCAUACAUAAGACAAAACUCUGACAUCCUGUGCAGUCCUGAGGGACAAGAUGUGGUCAAAAUGUACAAUCAGACUGCAGCUGCAUUCGUAGAGUUUGAGUCUGUCUACCACAUAGCAUGGAUGAAUGAAGUAUCAAAGCUGGAUUAUGUCUUGAAUAUUACACUGCUGGUUCGUCACCCAAAGACAGGAAAAUUAGUCGUCAACUUUGAUCCUAAAGUAACUGAGGUCAUUCGGGAGGCUAAGUGCUUGUUAAAGAUGGGUCUGGAGGUUCCAAAGCAGGCUUUGCGUCUGGUCAAGCUGGAAAGCAGCAUAAAUGCCAAUCACCUCAGACUGCAGACCAUUUUGGCAGACUAUGACAGCACUUGUGAGAGCAUACCUGCAGACUUCACCAGCUUAAUGGCUUCAAAAAUAAAAAAUGUGGAAUCUGCACUUCGCCACGGGUCAGUGCUGCUCACCUGGUCAUCCUUCCUCCUGGACAAGUUCUUUCAAAAUGUUGACACUGCUUUGUUUGAGCUCAAACAUCUUGUAAAGAAGGUGCGGGAUAUCUGUAAGAUACACAUUGAUGAUAUCCUUAAAGACAUCUCAGAGACUGUGCUGAUUAAGCUUCCUGAUGAUCAUGCUUCUUCAGUGCAGCACCUGAUUGACCUUAAUGAGACUCAGUGUAAGGAGUGGGCAAAGACAUUGGACCACAAAUGCGGUCAUGUUAAAGACGCCGUGAAGGAGCUGUGUAAUGUGUUCAGUGCCAUUUAUGAAUUAAAAGGCACCAAGAAGACUGAGGAACCUGUCCCAGCAUGGAAGUUCACAGGAGACAUCCAGAAGACCCCUAAUGAGGAGGAGGUAAUGACUUCAGAAGGUCCAGAUAGAAAUAAAGCAAUCAAAUUUGAAAAGGAAUUUAAGAAGCUUUAUGAAUACUUAAGUGCAAGGGUGUUGGAUGCACUGGUCAAAACAACUAAGUUAUCUCUUGACACCCUAAAAAGGAGAAUCUUUGGCACCAAAACGACAUCAACUUAUCAGACGUCAAAGUCUGUGUCUAAGCUGGUCCCACUAAUAAAAUCUGAAGUCCAACUGGUCAUGCCCAAUGUGGUGAUGAUUCCCACUGUAGAUGAGAUCCAACACACCAUAAGUCAUCUGAUAGACUUGUUGUUGGAAGUUAGCAAGGGUAUUACUUGCUGGCAGCGGGAAUACAGCCAUGAUGGCACAAAGAGUAAAGGCAGAGAGAAAGAGAAUUUCUAUCACAGAGUUGUUGAACACAAGGACAUCAAAAAGGCUGUGGUCAACCUGAAAUCAGCUGUUAGCUCUGAGAGAGAACAAGCAACUGAUGUUUUGGAGCAAUUCAGUCCAUUCAGAGUAAUGUGGGAUGAGGACAGAGACCUCAAAAUAAAGGAAUUCAUGAACAGCAAUCCAUCCUUGAUCCAGAUGAAAUCAGAAAUCCAGCACUAUGACUCAGUUGAACAUGAAAUUGAUGAUAUCAAAUCCAUCAUUGCUUUCGGGUUCACUGAAUUGUCAACAGAUCCAUUUAAAAAGUCACUAACAGUUGAGACCAAAUCCUGGAAGAAACUGUUGUGCAAAUACCUGAAGGAGCAGUACAAAAAGAAAAUGAUUGACACCAGCAUACAUACCAACAAAUACAUCAAGCAACUAUCUCAUCCUGUGACUAAUCUGGAGGAUGUGCGCCGUGCCAUGGGGGCCCUGUCUAAGCUUCGGGAUGUUGAAAUACAGACUGACAUGACACUGAUUUCCAUUGAGGACGCCUUUGAAAUUCUGACUAAAUAUGAAGCAGAAGUAACCAAAAAAGAAUCAGAGGGUGUACACAAUCUGAGGAAUUUCUUCACACAGCUGCAGUCUAAAGCUAGAUCAGUUCAAGAUGAACUUGUUCGAAAGCAACCCACGUUCAAACUAAACCUUGUGGAGUGCGUUGCCACUUUCCAAAAUAAUGUUUGCACUUUUGUAGAACAAUAUGAUACAGAAGGUCCCAUGGCUGAGGGCAUAGCUCCUCAAGAAGCCAGCCUCAGGCUCCGUGCCUGUCAGGCUAAAUUUGAAGAACUGUGGAAAAAUUUCAACACAUAUACAUCUGGGGAGCAGCUUCUUGGCCUGCCAGUUACGGAGUAUGAAUGUCUUCAAAAGAAAAAAAAAGAGCUUGACCUGCUUCAGAAACUCUACGGCUUGUAUAAUGCAGUGAUGGGUAAGAUUAGUGGGUACUAUAGCAUUCUGUGGACAGAUGUGGACAUCGAGAAGAUCAAUUCAGAACUUUUGGACUUUCAGAACAGGUGCCGAAAGCUACCCAAAGGACUAAAGGAAUGGCAGGCGUUCCUAGACCUGAAGAAGACAAUUGAUGAUUUUAGUGAGUCAUGCCCUUUGCUUGAGAUGAUGGCAAACAAAUCUAUGAUGAGGAGACACUGGGAUCGGAUCACAAACCUAACUGGUCACGAAUUUGAAGUGGAGUCCAGUACCUUUACACUAAAGAACAUCAUGGAAGCACCUCUGUUGAAAUACAAGGAAGAUAUUGAGGACAUCUGCAUAUCGGCUGUGAAGGAGAAGGAUAUUGAGGCCAAGUUGUCACAAGUGAAAGAAGUCUGGUCCGGGCAGACAUUGAGCCUGAAUACAUUCAAAGAUAGAGGAGAACUAAUGCUGAAAGGGGCAGACACAACAGAGAUCCUUACCAUGCUAGAGGACAGUCUGAUGGUGCUGGGGUCACUGCUGAGUAACAGGUAUUGUACCUUCUACAAAGCAGAGAUCCAGGAUUGGGUCUCAAAGCUUUCAACAUCAUCUGAUGUCAUUGAACAGUGGGUUAUUGUGCAAAAUCUGUGGAUCUAUUUGGAGGCUGUGUUUGUUGGGGGUGACAUUGCCAAAGACCUGCCACAGGAAGCAAAGCGUUUCCAGAAUAUUGACAAGACCUGGAUUACGAUCAUGCAGCGAGCCCAAAAGGUUCCAAAUGUGGUGGAGUGCUGUGUGGCAGAUCCAACUCUUGGACAGCUCCUCCCAGACCUUCAGAAACAGCUGGAGUUCUGUCAAAAGUCUCUUGCAGGGUACCUUGAGAAAAAGAGACUCCUGUUCCCACGAUUCUUCUUUGUGUCUGAUCCAGCCCUCUUGGAAAUCCUAGGACAAGCAAGUGAUUCUCACACAAUUCAGUCACAUCUCCUUGGAGUUUUUGAUAAUGUGAAUGAAGCAGAGUUUCACACAACAGAAUAUGACAAGAUCAUGGCUGUUAUUUCACAAGAAGGAGAAAAAUUACCGCUGGACAGUCCUGUCCUGGCACAGGGACCAGUGGAGCUCUGGCUCGGAGUGCUGUUGAUGCAACAGCAGUCUUCAUUGCACACUGUUAUUAAAGCUUCAGAACUAGAGAUCAAUGAUGAAGACUUUGAUCUUCUCUCCUUCCUCAACAAGUUCCAAGCACAGGUGGGCUUGCUGGGAAUCCAAAUGCUUUGGACAAGAGAUUCAGAAGAGGCACUUCAAAAUGCUGAAGAUGACAAGGAGAUCAUGCCUCUAACCAAAAAGAAAUUCUUAAAUCUACUUAGCAUUCUCAUAAAACAAACAACCCAUGACCUGAGCAAGUUUGACAGAGUCAAGUAUGAGACGCUUGUCACAAUCCAUGUGCACCAAAGUGAUAUAUUUAACGACCUAGUAAAAAAGCGUAUUAAAUCUAUCAGUGACUUUGAAUGGCUAAAGCAGAGCAGAUUUUACUACAAGGAAGACGUGGAUAAGGUCCUUGUGUCCAUCACUAAUGUCGACUUCAUUUAUCAGAAUGAGUUCCUUGGCUGUACUGACCGUUUGGUCAUCACCCCUCUGACUGACAGGUGUUACAUCACAUUAGCCCAGGCUCUGGGCAUGAGCAUGGGAGGAGCCCCUGCAGGGCCAGCUGGCACUGGAAAGACUGAAACCACUAAGGACAUGGGUCGCUGCCUUGGCAAGUAUGUGGUGGUCUUCAACUGCUCCGACCAGAUGGACUUCAGAGGACUUGGCAGGAUUUACAAAGGCCUUGCGCAAUCAGGGUCCUGGGGCUGCUUUGAUGAGUUCAACAGAAUUGACCUGCCAGUGCUGUCUGUCGCUGCUCAGCAGAUCUACAUUGUUUUGCAAUCACGCAAGAAGCAUAAAACCAGUUUCAUCUUUACUGAUGGAGACAAUGUGGACCUGAAUCCAGAGUUUGGCCUGUUUAUCACUAUGAACCCUGGAUAUGCAGGUCGUCAAGAACUUCCUGAAAACUUAAAAGUGCAAUUCAGGACAGUGUCUAUGAUGGUGCCAGACCGGCAGAUCAUCAUGAGAGUCAAACUGGCCAGUUGCGGAUUCAAUGAAAACGUUAUCUUGGCCCAGAAAUUUUUUGUCCUUUAUAAACUGUGUGAAGAACAACUCACCAAACAGGUCCACUAUGACUUUGGCCUGAGGAACAUCUUAUCUGUGUUGAGAACACUAGGGGCCAGUAAGAGAGCACGACCCAAUGAUUCAGAGUCCAGCACUGUCAUGAGAGUGCUGCGUGACAUGAAUCUUUCUAAACUGGUGGAUGAAGAUGAACCCCUCUUUCUUAGUCUGAUCAAUGACCUUUUUCCUGGUAUCCAGCUGGACGGGAGUACAUAUGUUGAACUUCAAGCUGCUGUAGCUCAUCAAGUUGAGCUUGCUGGAAUUGUCAACCACCCCCCAUGGAAUCUUAAGUUGGUCCAGCUUUAUGAGUCUUCACGUGUACGGCAUGGCCUGAUGACUCUGGGCCCAAGUGGAGCUGGGAAGACCGCUGUCAUCAACAUCCUCAUGCGAGCUAUGACUGAAUGUGGAUCCCCACAUAGAGAGUUGCGCAUGAACCCAAAGGCCAUCACGGCACCGCAGAUGUUUGGCCGUCUAGAUGCAGCCACCAACGAUUGGACAGAUGGCAUUUUUUCCACUCUGUGGAGGAGGACGCUAAAAGCCAAGAAAGGAGAGUUCAUAUGGAUUUUGUUGGAUGGUCCUGUGGAUGCCAUAUGGAUUGAGAACCUGAACUCUGUGCUGGAUGAUAACAAAACACUGACUCUGGCUAAUGGUGAUCGCAUCACAAUGUCUCCAUCCUGCAAGCUGGUGUUUGAGGUACACAACAUGGAUAAUGCUUCCCCUGCAACUGUGUCUCGGGUGGGUAUGGUCUUCAUGAGCUCCUCAGCUCUCACCUGGCAUCCCAUACUGCAGGGAUGGACUAACAAGCGUAAUGCAGAAGAAGCAAGCAGCAUUAUGGGUUUAUAUGAAAGGAUAUUUGAGGAUGCUUACUUGUUUAUGAAGCAGAACCUUAAACCCAAAAUGGACUUUUUGGAGUGCAACUACAUAAUGCAGUCUGUGAAUCUGUUGGAGGGCCUCAUCCCAACCAAGGAGACAGGGGGCUUAGUUGGUAACAAACACAUGGAACGUCUCUUUGUCUUCUGUGUAAUGUGGAGUGUGGGAGCCCUUUUGGAGUUGGAAGAUCGUGACAAACUGGAGGCCUUUAUCAGAGCACAUGAGAGUGACAUUGAUGUGCCUCAAACACAGACAGGAGAGACUAUGUUUGAGUACAUGGUCAACUCAAAUGGUGAGUGGUGUCAUUGGAACAACCAUGUGGGGGAGUAUAUCUAUCCAACAGAUUAUGUGCCAGACUAUGCCUCCAUCCUUGUGCCAAAUGUGGAUAACACAAGAACCUCUUUCUUGCUGGAAACUAUUGCCAAACAACGCAAGGCUGUAUUGCUUAUUGGUGAACAAGGUACAGCCAAAACAGUGAUGAUAAAAAGCCAUACAAAAAAGUAUGAUCCUGAGACAGACCUGUCCAAAUCUCUGAACUUCUCUUCAGCAACCGAGCCCGUUAUGUUUCAGCGAACAGUUGAGAGCUACAUUGAGAAACGAAUUGGCAGUACCUAUGGACCCCCAGGGGGACGCAGGAUGACUGUCUUCAUUGAUGAUAUAAAUAUGCCCAUUGUCAAUGAAUGGGGAGACCAGAUUACCAAUGAGAUAGUACGGCAGAUGAUGGAAAUGAGUGGCAUGUAUAAUUUGGACAAACCAGGAGACUUCACCACUAUUGUGGACGUUCAGAUACUGGCUGCCAUGAUUCAUCCUGGUGGUGGGAGAAACGACAUUCCUCAAAGACUUAAGAGACAGUUUACUGUCUUCAACUGUACUCUGCCAUCCAACAUCUCCAUUGAUAAGAUCUUUGGUAUAAUUGGCUGUGGAUAUUUCCAUGAAUGCAGGAAAUUCAAGCCUGAGGUAUCAGAGAUGGUGACAUGUCUUGUGUCUGCUGGGAGAAUUUUAUGGCAGUGGACAAAGGCAAAAAUGCUUCCCACACCGUCCAAGUUCCAUUAUAUCUUCAAUUUGAGGGACUUGUCCAGGAUCUGGCAAGGAAUGUUAAACAUUAAGGCUGACGAGUGUGGUGAUAUCCCCACUCUCUUGGCUCUUUUCAAGAGUGAAUGUACGAGGGUGAUUGCUGAUAGGUUUAUUUGCUCUGAGGACAGAGAGUGGUUUGAAAAAAAUGUAACUCGUGUGAUCGAAGAGCAUGUUGAUCCCAACCUCGUACCAGAACUUCAUCCUGAGCCAUACUUCGUCGAUUUCCUGCGAGAUGCCCCUGAGCCCACUGGAGAAGAGGAUGAUGAUGCCUGUUUUGAUGCCCCCAAAAUUUAUGAAUUGGUGCCAACUUUUGAGUUCUUAUCAGAAAAGCUAAUGAUGUAUCAGGCCCAGCACAACGAGGUCGUCAGAGGCUCCAGCCUAGAUCUAGUUUUCUUUACGGAUGCCAUGACUCAUCUUGUCAAGAUCUCACGUAUCAUUCGAACGGACAAUGGAAAUGCCCUGCUUGUGGGAGUAGGAGGAUCAGGGAAACAGAGCUUGACUCGCCUGGCCUCAUACAUAGCUGGAUACAGCAUCUUCCAGAUCACGUUGACAAAAACAUACAAUGUAAGUAAUUUCAUGGAAGACCUGAAAGUGUUGUAUAAAACAGCUGGGGCUGACGGCAAAGGCAUCACCUUCAUCUUCACUGACAAUGAAAUCAAAGAUGAGGCGUUCCUUGAGUACCUCAACAAUGUUCUUUCUUCUGGAGAGGUCUCCAACCUUUUUGCUAAAGAUGAGAUCCAGGAGAUCACCCAGAACCUGAUCCUUGUGAUGAAAAAGGAGUUACCUCGUGUUCCACCAACGUUUGAUAACCUUUAUGACUACUUCAUAUCACGGUCCAAAAAGAAUCUGCACGUAGUCCUGUGUUUCUCACCGGUGGGACAGAAGUUUCGCUCCCGAUCUCUGAAAUUUCCAGGGUUGAUAUCUGGGUGCACAAUGGACUGGUUCACCCCUUGGCCCAAUGAGGCUCUGGUGGCUGUGUCCAACUAUUUCUUGUCAGAGUUUCCCAUGGUUUGCUCUGCUGAUGUGAAAGCAUCUGUGGUGACGACCAUGGGUACAUAUCAUGACAAAGUAUCCAGCACUUGUGACAGCUACUUUGAAAGGUUCAGAAGAAGAACUCAUGUCACCCCCAAAUCCUACCUCUCUUUUAUAAAUGGUUACAAAACACUGUACUCUGAAAAACAUGAGUACAUCAACACACUUGCAGAGCGCAUGAAUGUCGGACUGGACAAACUGAUGGAGGCUAGUAAGUCUGUGGCUCAACUAUCAAAAGAUCUUGAAGUCAAGGAAAAGGAGCUGGCUAUAGCAUCUGUCAAAGCUGACAAGGUGGUGGCAGAGGUAACAGUCACUGCCGAAGCUGCUACCAUUGUCAAGAAUGAAGUCCAGGUCGUGAAGGAUAGAGCCCAAAAAAUUGUGGAUUCAAUUGAAAAAGAGAAAGCCAUUGCAGAAGAAAAACUGGAAGCUGCGAAACCAGCAUUAGAAGAGGCUAAAGCUGCACUGAAUACCAUCAAGCCUGCUGACAUUGCCACUGUGAGAAAACUGGCCAAACCUCCUCAUCUGAUCAUGAGGAUUAUGGACUGCUGCGUGCUUUUAUUCCAAAAGAAGUUAGACACUAUCUCUAUUGAUCCAGAACGGCUAUGUCUUAAGCCAUCAUGGUCAGAAGCACUGAAGUUAAUGAGCGGCGCCGGUUUUAUGACCUCCCUCCAGCAGUUCCCAAAGGACAAAAUAAAUGAAGAAACUGUAGAACUUCUGCAGGUCUACUUUGACAUGGAGGAUUACACAAUGGAAAAUGCAAAGAAAGUGUGUGGUAAUGUAGCUGGUAUGCUUGCAUGGACGCGGGCCAUGUCCACAUUCUUUGGCAUAAACAAAGAGGUGCUGCCACUUAAGGCUAACCUGGCGAUUCAGGAAAGCCGCUCAAAAGUGGCUACCAAUGAGCUAAACAAAGCUGAGGCAACGCUGGCUGAGAAACAGGCUGAGUUUGACAAAGUCAAGGCCAAAUGUGAUGCUGCAAUGAAAGAAAAACAGGACUUGUUGGAUGAUGCUGAGAUGUGUAAAAAUAAAAUGCAGGCUGCAUCUGCACUUAUUGAUGGACUAAGUGGAGAAAAAAUACGCUGGAUUGAGCAAAGCAAAGAAUUUAAAUCACAGAUCAACAGACUUGUGGGUGAUGUGCUACAGCUCACUGGCUUCCUUUCUUACUGUGGGCCAUUCAACCAGAGUUUCCGUGAAAUGUUGUUGAAGGACAUAUGGGAGGCAGAGCUCAGGAGCCAUAAAAUCCCUUUCACAGAAAAUCUUAACCUAAUUUCUGCCCUAGUAGACCCUCCCACUAUAAGUGAGUGGAACCUUCAAGGACUUCCAGGAGAUGACUUAUCAGUGCAGAACGGCAUCAUUGUCACAAAAGCAACAAGAUAUCCCCUCCUCAUUGAUCCCCAGACACAAGGAAAGUCUUGGAUUAAGGAAAAAGAAAAGGCCAAUUCACUCCAGGCCACUUCCCUCAACCACAAGUUCUUUCGCACUCAUAUGGAAGACUGUCUUUCCUUGGGACGCCCACUGCUUAUUGAAGAUGUGUGUGAGGAGUUGGACCCUGCCCUUGACAAUGUUCUUGAGAAAAACUUCAUCAAAUCUGGGAGGAGUUUCAAGGUUAAAGUAGGAGACAAGGAGGUGAAUGUGAUGGAUGGAUUCCAGCUCUAUAUAACUACCAAACUGCCUAAUCCAGCAUACACCCCAGAAGUCAGCGCCAAAACAUCCAUCAUUGAUUUCACUGUAAACAUGAAGGGCCUGGAGAACCAGCUACUUGGUCGAGUCAUCCUCGCAGAGAAAUAUGAACUAGAGGCAGAGAGACUGAAGCUAAUUGAGGAUGUGACUGCCAAUAAGAGAAAGAUGCAGGAGUUGGAGGACAACUUGCUGUACAAACUUAGCAGCACAAAAGGUUCCUUGGUUGAUGAUGACUCCAUGAUUGGCAUUUUGAGUGUCACUAAGCAUACUGCUGCUGAAGUUAGUGCAAAGCUCACUAUUGCAGCAGACGCAGAGUUGAAGAUUAAUGUAGCUCAAGCAGAAUAUCGACCCGUUGCCUCCCGAGGUAGCACCCUUUAUUUCCUCAUCACAGAGAUGAGCAUGGUCAAUGUCAUGUACCAGACCUCACUCGGCCAGUUCCUCAAAAUCUUCGAUCUGUCACUAGCAAGGUCUGAGAAGUCCUCGAAAACUCAGAAGCGAAUUGCAAACAUCAUUGAACAUCUGACUUUUGAAGUGUUCAGAUACACAGUUAGAGGCCUGUAUGAAAACCACAAGUUCAUCUUCACCCUUUUGCUGGCCCUCAAGAUUGACCUACAGAAUAACAAAAUAGAGCACAACAAAUUUCAGAUUCUUAUUAAAGGUGGUGCAGCUCUUGACCUGAAGACAUGUCCCGUAAAGCCAUUCAGUUGGAUCCUUGAUAUGGUGUGGCUUAACUUGGUGGAACUCAGCAAAUUGCAACAGUUCAAUAACAUUAUAAACCAGGUGUCUCAAAAUGGAAAGGCCUGGAAAGCAUGGCUCAAUGCUGAUGCUCCAGAGGAAUGUGUCAUCCCAGAUGGAUACAACACCCUUGAAGUCUUCAACAAACUUUUGCUAAUUAGGUCUUGGUGUCCUGAUCGUACCUUGUCUCAGGCCAGAAAGUAUGUGGGAGAAUCCCUCGGCUUGAGGUUUGCUGAGCCAGUCAUUUUGAACCUUCACAGCACAUGGGAGGAGAGUGACCCUCGCACCCCACUAAUCUGCUUCCUUUCCAUGGGCUCAGAUCCCACUGAACAAAUUGAAGGACUUGCUAAGAAACUUGAACUUGAAUGCAGAGCUAUAUCCAUGGGGCAAGGGCAAGAGGUGCAUGCAAGGAAGCUCAUUCAGAUGUCAAUGUCACAGGGAGGUUGGGUCCUCCUGCAGAAUUGCCAUCUGGGCCUGGAGUUUAUGGAUGAAUUGCUAGAUACAAUCUCUACAGUAGAGACCAUGCAUGACACUUUCAGGGUGUGGAUUACCACGGAACCACACGAUCUAUUCUCCAUCACACUCUUACAGUCGUCUAUCAAGUUUACCAACGAUCCACCCCAGGGAGUGCGUGCUGGCUUAAAACGAACAUUUGCAGGAAUUUCACAGAUCCAGUUGGAAGUCAGCAAUCUGCCCACAUGGAAGCCUUUGCUGUACAGUGUGGCCUUUCUCCACACUGCUGUGCAGGAACGGCGCAAAUUUGGACCCUUGGGUUGGAACAUACCCUAUGAAUUCAACUCUGCUGAUUUCACUGCAAGUGUUGAAUUUGUUGAGAGACACCUGGAUGAUUGUGGUCCCAAGAAGGAUGUGUCAUGGGUAACUGUGCGUUACAUGCUAGCCGAAGUUCAGUAUGGAGGAAGGGUCACAGAUGACUAUGACAAACGCCUACUGAAGUGUUUUGCUCGAGUGUGGUUUAGUAAAAAGAUGUUCGAUCCAGCAUUUUGCUUCUACACGGGCUACAAAAUCCCAGUGUGUAAGACAAUAGAGGAGUAUAUGGAAUUUAUUCAGAACCUGCCUACUAUGGAUUCACCCCAAGCUUUGGGGCUGCAUCCUAAUGCUGACAUCACAUACCAGACAAACACAUCUGCUGAAGUGCUGGAUACAAUCACAAAUAUCCAGCCCAAAGAAAGCGGAGGGGGGUCAGGAGCUACUCGGGAGUCCAUUGUUUACAGCAUGGCAGAGGACAUGUUGAAUAAACUGCCUCCUAAUUAUGUGCCACAUGAGGUCAGAGCCAGGCUGUUGAAGAUGGGUGCUCUGAACCCAAUGAACAUCUUCCUACGGCAGGAAGUGGAUCGAAUGCAAAGGAUCAUCGGUGUUGUGCGCACUAGUCUGACUGACCUGAAGCUGGCAAUUGAUGGCACUAUCAUAAUGAGUGAGAACCUCCGUGAUGCCCUGGACAAUAUUUUUGAUGCCCGUGUGCCAAACCUAUGGAGGAAAAUCUCUUGGGAGUCAUCCACACUUGGCUUUUGGUUUACUGAGCUUGUGGAGAGAAAUAAACAGUUCCACUGCUGGGUCUUUGAAGGAAGGCCCAAAACCUUUUGGAUGACAGGCUUCUUUAACCCACAGGGUUUCCUAACAGCUAUGAGACAAGAAGUAACAAGGGCAAACAAAGGCUGGGCUCUGGACACAGUGACCCUGACCAACAAAAUACUCAAGCAGGCAAGGGAGGAGAUCACAACUGCCCCUGUGGAGGGAGUUUAUGUCUAUGGUCUGUACUUGGACGGUGCCGGCUGGGACAGGAAGAACACUUGUCUCAUUGAGUCCUCACCUAAAGUGCUGUUCACACCCUUACCUGUCGUCCACAUGUUUGCCAUCAACUCCACUGCCCCUGUGGAUCCUAAGCUCUAUGUCUGCCCCGUUUACAAGAAACCAAGGCGCACAGACUUGAAUUACAUCACAGCAGUGGUGUUGCCUACCCCCCAGUCACCAGACCACUGGAUAUUGCGUGGCGUUGCCCUACUUUGCGACAUUGCAUGA